UGUGACCAGGCUAUUUCGAAGCUGGCGACGAACAUGCUGGAGGGGGACGAUCGGUGGAUGUAUCGUAUGCAAAAAGAGGGAGGCCGCAGAAGCGUACGGAAGGGCAUCCAACAGGACCUAGACAGACGGCAGCUCACGAAGAUGUCUCCGGUUGCGCGAGCAAAUCUUUGGGAAGGACAGCGCUCAAAAUUUGGUCCGACACACCUUGCGCGCUUGGCACGUGGCGAAAGUGGGUUCAGGAAGGUAGACUUCGGUUAAGGCCGCGCUAACGCGUAUCUACCCAACGAACGUGUUAGUUUCCAGCCUUUUCUUGUUGUUUGUAUCGUCUCGAGGCAUGACGGGGGGGGUCAGUCCACUACUCUCCAUACAACUCAGUGGCUCCAUUGGUCAUUUAGGUCAUUCGUAUCACAAUCAUUUUAGCACCACCAUCCUUUAGUGUGUAAGCGUAAAAACCUGCUCUACUAGCACUAAUCAUAUUCGUCAAGAGUAACAACUCGACGAUGUUGAUGAUGACGAUGCUGGCCCUUCUAGUGAAGUAAAUAGCCUACUUGUAUUUGUGAUGUCUCACAUCUAGACGAGGAACCAUCCCUCUGCUGACUAUUUAUAACUACUAGCUACUAGCAGACUGAAAUGCCCUCGGGUACUCACGUGUUUUGAUUCGGAGGGUUUCAGUUUCCCUGAGAAGAAACGAAAUGAAUUUCCCUGCGUACUAGAUGUCAUUGAGUCUGAACACCUCUGCUCAGGAGACACCGAAUCAGUGGACAAGACUACUUAUUUUCUUGGAAGGAGUAGUCAUGUGGAUUUUGAUUUCCUAAGGGAUUCAUGGCGUAGCAGGUCAUCGAAAUCAAGCUAACGCCAACCGCUAAUUUGAAAUGCAGACGGGAAUCACAGGCCGCACUGCAUAUUCGAAAAAGAACGCUGCACGUGGGCCAUAUGGGAGUCGCGAAUCAGAAAAGACUGUCGACGGGGUCGUUCCUCAUAUGAACAUUUCACCCAAGCCCCCGCCUGCGUCCUUCCUCGAAGAAGAUGCUGUUGAUGUUGAGUCCGGAGAAACAGACACCGCUACGGCAGUGAUAGUAAUCCCUUACUCACAAUGACUCGUGCAGGAGUUGGAGACGUAUAAUUAAUGACUUUCUGAAAAACAGAGAAAGAAUGUCAGAUAUUAUCUAUUUGAAAGCAAUGCUUGGCUAAGAAAGUGGAUUUAUGUAAGAGUCUUCGUCUUCCAACAAGUGAGGGUGACCAGGCAUUAGACGGGAAGUGCCAUCACUCUCCACACGCAGAUGGUGCACGAUUUCAAUUUCCAUCUAAUGAUAAUGAACUCGACGACCACGACAAUGUGGUGGAGGCCGCGAACUCCUUCCUGGAUGUCUCUCCGGGUACGCCUAAACGACAAGAAGAGGAGAAGCAUAUUUCCGAAGAUGGAGCGAACAUGUCCAAAGAUGCAGAAAAAUCUCCUCCGAAGAGACAGCUCUUGCGCAAAGCUGGCGAUAUUCUGGACGAUAGCACCCAACAGUUGGUCACGACCGCGUUCAGUGAGGUCGGCCACGUGUCGACCACUGCGUUCACGAGGGCCGCGGAUGAGCCGGCGGCCACUCCCACGCGCACUCGGGUGGUGGACACUGCGUCGACCACUGCGUUCACUGAGAUGGGUGUCGAGACAACUGGAGGACCGAGCGGGGAAGAACAAAACGAAGCAGGAGGAGAGCCAGUAGCUACCGCAACGAAGGUCGGAUCGAACCAGCUCGAAGAAAUUGCGCUCAGGUGGCACAUACUUCGCAGCGCUCUCUUGAUAAGGCUCAACAGAGCGCCUCUUUGAGUUAUUUGACAGCACUGGCGAGCCUUCGUUGUACCCCGAGACAAGUAAGUACUUUCUUGGACUUAAAUAGCGAUAAGCGUGCGCAUGUGUUUACUGGCCUUGUCUGCUCUGGAUUUGUACUUACUAGUUCAGAGGCAAGUCGAUUCGUGACAUGUCAAGGUUGCAGCAGAUCAUCAAAAACAUGGAGACAGAUGCGUUCUUCUAUUUCGCUCUAAUGUUAAAGGGCCUGCACCUGCGGUUUGCUUUUCGUGUGGAUAAUGGAGCCCUCGCACAGCUUCCGGCUGCAGAUUAGGGCGUCACCUCGUUUUAUUGGCAAGCUUGCUUCCUUGUUGGAAAUGGAAUAUGUCAAAACUACAAAACUAUCAGGGACUACAUGGCCCUCCAUCUGAGUGGUGGAUCGACUAGUAUGUUUCUCCCCUCCAUCUAAGUACCUAAGUAUGGGAAAAGGAGAAGUCAUGAGGUCGCUAAGCCAUAUGCUUUGAAGAGAAAGAGUAUCCGUUUUCUGACACGGUGUACUAUGUGACGAAGAAGCAGGAAGGAGGAAAACUUUACAGCUCGUAGACGAGCUGCUCGCCCUAUUUUAGCGUACUAUACAUUUACAUGUGCAUCAUACAUCAACUUGAUACCUUCGUCAAACAGGGACAGCUCUACAGUUGACAAGUCUAGACACUACUCGAGGAAGCAUAGAGCCAAACAUCAACACGAAGGAAUUGAUGCAUUUAUUUACCAACCCAGAAGAUAUCUAGAGGGUGAGGGCAUAGCCCUGCCCUUAAGUUAGGCUGUAUCUGUUUCUAAGAAGGUACUGAAUAUUAUAGGCAUGACCAUCUGGAGGUAGGUCGAGGUUUUCCUUCCUUGUAUAUUCGAUUCUGAAUUACUUGAAUAUGUUAACCUUUUUUGAAUUCACAGAAGGGAGCUUUGCUACCGUGCAUACUUUAGCUUUACGGACUGAAAAGAUGAAGAUUACUGGGCUCCCCAAAUACGAAUUGUCCUAAGUGGGAGUGGGUGGCUGCUGGGCGUGGUUCUAACUAGAACGGCGCGAUCCGUAUGAUAUGACAGACGUGAGAGGCGAGAGUGGCAAGAUAAGCCGCGUCAAGGUCGAGAAGGAGACGCAAGGCCUUGUUGUGCGGCCUUGGAAGAAGAUUUACACUUACGGCUAUCUGAUACAGAGGCUGCCGCUAAAGUAGAUAAAGCUGACUACUACGUCUCCGGUGCAUUUGCUCUACGAGGAAGACAUGCAAAUGCUUGACGAAAGUCAAAGCCUAUGUAUGUACCAGGGAGGUGGGAGGCUCCCGUGGGACUUACGGAACGCCGUAGCAGAACUUUCACGUGACGCAUGACACCCACCGCGCCACGCCCAGAGCUUCGGGGGUGGGUGCGUUGUCUGCGUUCAAUUUCAAGCGCCACGCAGCACGCAGCAACUUGCGGAAAAGGCUAGCACGCGCCUCACGUGUCACGCGGCGGCGCGUCGUCCACGGGUCCGCGAUCGAUCCGCGCCGGGCCAUUGGUCGACCCGUGGGCCGUUGGUCGAUCCGUGGGCCCUUGAUCGACCUGGGGGCCCUUGAUCGAUCCGGGGGCCCUUGGCCGAUCCGGGGGCCCUUGGUCGAUCCGUGGACCCUUGGCCGAUCCGGGGGCGCUUGGUCGAUUCGUGGACCCUUGGCCGAUCCGGGGGCCCUUGAUCGAUCUGGGUGGGGGCCCUUGAUCGAUCCGGGGCUCCUUGGUCGAUCCUUGGGCCCUUGGUCGAUCCGUGGACCCUUGGCCGAUCCGUGGGCCCUUGGUCGAUCCGUGCGUCCUUCGUCGGUCCGUAGGUCCUCGGCUAAUCCGUGGGCCCUAGGUGUACGUCAAUCCGUGGAUCCUAGGCCGCUCCGCGGAUCUUUGGUCGUUCCGUGGUUCUUUGAUCGAUUCGGGGGCCGUUGAUCGAUGCGUGGGCCCUUGAUCGAUCCGUGGCUCCUUGAUCGAUCCGCGGGCCCUUGGUCGAUCCGGGGACCCUUGGCCGGUUCGCAUUCGUGGGUCCUUGACGUUGGCCAAUCCGUGGGUCCUUGGGUGGUCCGUGGCUCUUUGAUCGAUCCGCGGGCCCUUGGUCGAUCCCUGGGCCCUUGAUCGAUCCGUGGGUCCUUGAUAGGUCCGUGGAUCCUUGGCCGGUCCGUGGAUCCUUGAUCGGUCCGGGGAUCUUUGGUCGAUCCGCGGGCCCUUGGUCGAUCCGUGGCCCCUUGCUCGAUUCAUGGGCCUUCGGUGGGUCGAUGAUCCGUGGGGGUUUUUUGGCUGAUCGAUCCGGGGACCUUUGGCCGAUCCGUGGACCAUUGGCCGAUCCGUGGGCCGUUGGCCGAUCUGUGGCCCGUUGCCUUGGUCGAUCUGUGACGCGUCACGCGUCACGCAUCAAAGAAGAGCAAGGAGGCCGCCCUUUUUUUGGGGGCGUGUGCGGUGGGACUAAUUUGGACAGCUUUACGGCGUUCGGCCCACCUUAGGGGGGCCCCCCGCCCUAGGCCUGGGGAGGGCGUAUAUACUUUUACUACAGGGGUGAACCCCUGUGCACUCAUGUGCAGUAAAAUUACAGAUUUACAACAAUCUGAGGGCCCCGCGCCUGCGCUAGCGUGUGGUCUGCUGCGCGAUGAAGGUUCCAGCGAGCGCAGUGAUGCAAGUGCAUACACAGGAGCCGCGCUCCUUGGUGAAAAUAUAGCACACACGCGCGCCAUCGCUCAUGUUCGUGAUCGGCACGUGGCAGGAUGCUCUUUCUGGCGCCUCUUUGUCUCCUGCUGUUUCAGCGCCCGCAGGAGCAAGGAGCGGCUGGUGCCGGGCCGUCUUGGCGCUGGAGAUGUGCGGCGGGAGCUGGUUCAGCAUGUGCGGAGGGCCCGGGCUUGGCAGUUUUGCGCGCGCGGAUCUGACUGUAAGUGUAUCCAACACCAACGAGGGGCCCGGCUGCGUACUGGCGUGCUGCCUUAGGGGGGCGCCAAGGAUUGGGCAUGUGCUCGUGUUGCAUCUGGCCGCGGAGGGGGGGCCAGUUCUUUGCGCCGAUGUUCUCUCCCUAGGGGAGACUGUCUGUGAGCCGCCCGGCUUGCCAUGUUCAUGCGCUUGACACAGAGCAGCGCUGGCUAGGAAAGUGGGCAGUAGAGUUCAUGCCAACUAACAUGCCCCAUGUCCGCGCCUGGGGCUCCUCAUAUUCGGUGGAAUCAAGCACCGACGGCCAUUCGACAGUCGUCCGCCUGAUCGGUCUGAACCACUGAGGGCCCUCAGGGGGAGGCCUCAUGCUGCAAUGUCGAUCAAGUUUCUAAGUAGCUCCUGCGACGGGACCGGAAACGACGGGAUGGGCAUGGGCUCCUUUCAGGGGCCUGCAAGACCUGAAAGCCAUGGACCAAGCCAUUGUUAUGGAGGGUCAGAAUCCACGUGUAAGUGUAACAGGACAAGCACUAAAUUGCUCGAACACGUGAAAUAGCUGAGGUAAUGACUGAAAUAGGGAGGUAGCUUUAGCAAGCUACCCGUCCUUGUUCAGUAUCUCGGCUAUGCUCAUCAGUUGCUUGCUCAUUUCAUUUUAUCGAAUACUCAGGAGCUUGACCCUGCUCAUCUUAAUAUCUAUAGAUAUAUGACUCCCACUCCGGCCCGCACGCCCCCCCUCAAAGGAGGUCUGGUCUGUGGUGGCGCGCGCGCGCGCUUUUCCGCGCGGCAUCUAGUGGGGGAAGGCGUCCAAACUUGGCGCGGGUCUCCCCUUGAGCCUCUCAGCUGGUUCCUCCGGGGCCUCUUGGCCUUUGCUGACCCUCGCAGGUGGGAGGUGUCCGGGGUAGAAGGCCGCCGAGGUCCAGCCUUUCGCCUUUUGCUGUCUUCGGGGGCCUUCCGUUGCCGGUGCACUGUUGCGGCGGCGAAGCCUGACUGAUGCACUGAGGGCACAGGCAGGCACCUGGAAUGGGGCGCAGGCGAUCCCUCGGGCUCUUUUUGAAGCCUCCCACCACUAUCGGGGGCCCCUCAAGUCUGUAGGGUACACGCAAACGAGAAGGGGGCAGCCCCUUGGCCGCCUUUUGAGGCCUUCUGCCUCCGGCAGACGCCUCCAAAAGGGGCCCAGGGCGCUCGGCCCCCCCCCCGCGAGGGGGAGGGCCGUCGCCCCGCGCCCUUGAACAUAUAGAGAAAUGUAGCAUACUUAUGUAUGAGAAUCAAUUGGUCUGCCUCUGCGCCAUGGGUUACUUUGUAGUUCCUUCAAGUCGAACAGUAGUCAAUAAUACUCUGUCCAUGAAAUACAAUGGUCAAGAAUAUUGUGCCGCUCAAGCCAAUGAGAGCACUUCAGCAUAUACGGUGAAGGCUGUGCCACUUGGUCUCGGCUUCUUGACUUGACAAGGAGUGUCCGUGCCUGGUAUCGUAAUAAGUACCAAAUAUCACGGCCGUCUUACUUUUGAUUCGGCGCGCGGGAGGGGUUGUAACGCGCAAGAGCAGUUAUAGCACGAAUGGCGCAUGGGGCGACUGGUACGAAUGGCAUGAAUGGCACACCCCAACACACCCCAAACGUGUCACGAAUGGCACGAAAGGCACAGGUUGACAGGGUUCCGCUAGCUGGCGCCCCUGAUCUCGUCCGCUUAUCGAGUGCGUGGGUCGUGCGUAACUGGUUCUGCCCAUGCAUGAGAGAGGCCACAUCGGUCGACAAAGCCGGCGGCGAGCGAGGAGAGGGAGGCGCGAGUCUCCGGCAGGCUCCUCUACCGUUUUGAAAGUGGCAAGCUAGCGGGCUAGGGAAACAGCGGAAGCCGCUCCUGAGGGGUGCAGAACUUCUCUUCACGACGCAAGGCGCCGCGUGGGCUUCGUUUUUUCCCGGAAUUCUGUGGGGGUCAUACAAAUUCGGACGGACUUGCGUAACCCCCACGGAAUUCCGGGAAGGAAAUGCUGCGAGACCACCGGAGCGGCAUCGGGGUCCAGCUUAAAAACAGGCGUAGCCGCGUGCUUUGCGGUAGCCGUGACGACGAAGACGGGAAGAGGUGGCGCCGAAGCAUGGCGCCCCGCCCGUAGCGGGGAGGCGGCCUUCCUUGGUAUCUAGUGGAACUGUGUAAGGGGUGCGCGUUUGGCUGCGUGCAGGGCUUGGCGCCUGAAGGGCGCCCUGCGCCCGCGGGGUUCUUGGCGGUCGGCAUAGAGCGUCGCGCAGGAAGUGGUAACCUAGUGGAGGGAGCAACGGGCGCCCGAAGGGCGCCCCGCUCUCGAAGGUCCAUUUGGAUGGCCCACGAAUGGGACGAGUCGCGAGGCCGAUCGCGGUCACGGAUUGCGCCCCCCCCAUCCGUGCCAUUCGGUCCAUGCCAUCCCAGACCUGGAACCCUUUGGAAGCCAAGUCUUGGCCUGAUCGCCAUGGUCCUUGGCCUGCUCAUGUCGUGAAGAUUUCACUCCAAGCCCAAGAUUGGUGUGAGAUCUUUUAAGUACUUACAAUAUUGAGUGAUAUUCAGCUGGAGCUGCAGCCGUCUCGUCUAUUGUUAUUGAUUGCUCAGUAGAUUCUUAUUAGUAUUAUAUUUUUUUAUUGUAUAUUAGCUUGGCUUUUUUCCUGGGAGAUAAUAUUAAGUCACACUUCCGCAUUAUUCUGAAACUCGUGCGUCGAGGGGACGUGGCGUUGGUAAUAGAUUGUGGUGAAGCUACUUUUGAUGCUUCUAACGCUGGGGAGGGGAAAGGAGAAGCAGGCCACUUCUUCCCCUAGAAGAGAAAGAAAGACGGGACUAAUCAAUCGCAAGAACCUCUUUCCAAGAAAUCACGAUAGGUAACCAAUCUCCAAAAUAAGUGCGGAGGAAAAAAGACCACGGCCAUCAAGGUCAUAUUUGUGGGAUGAAAUGAAGAGCUUCGCGCCUGUUUCAUUCCCACCAAUUAUGAUGAGAUCCAAUCUCAUGUUAAACGUAAACAGGCAAGAAGAGGCUGGAGUCGCACCCUCUAAUAUCGAAAAUGCACUGAAGGAGAACGCGGAGGGAAAGCAGGAUCUCGAAGAGUGGACCAACGCAAAGUUACGUCCGACCAUCGUAACUCAGUGGUAAUUACCAGAAUAGGUGAGAUUACAACACUAGGUGAAGUUGAAAAGUUUUAUAACCGUACCCGUGCCUGAGUAGAGGCGUGUGCAUGCAUAUUACAUUCCGGGGCGCACAGCGAGCUACGUGACUUAGUUGUUUACUUGACUUGACACGGAUCCAGAUGACCCCUCACUCGCGCAUCAUCCUCGGAGCCGAGCCCGGUGAUGUGCAAGGGGGGGGCUCGGUGUGCCUAGCCGAGUAGCCUCUUCAGCUUUCGUUUUAGUCAGGUUCUGCCUCUACCCCGCAAAGGGAUUACCACGGUUAGCUUCUACACAGAGUCACUCCACAAACAGGCUCUUUCUCUAUCAAGGUUGCAAGCCGAAAACUUUGAGAAUGAGGAUAAGAAACUACACAGGAUAAGGUAAAGGAACUACAUGUCAUGUAAGUAGUUCCUUUACCUCAUGGUAACAACGCACCACGGGGAGCCUUGUUGUAGAAAGUAGCUGUUCUGGUUUUGAUAAUUAGUCAGAAGUCACUCGGACGUGGACGACAUCUUUAGCCAUCACUUAAAACUGCGGGGCCUGGGACCUGACGGCCCAUAGGACUAGGUCAACUAUUGGCAGACUGAGUGAGCCUCUACUUGCUGGUCACAAGUACCUCCUUCAGCCCCCUGUGGUACUUACAUUGGUUUUUUCUAUCUUUCCUAGGUAGGUUGGCUCCACCACAUACAUUAGGCACUAGAUGUCGAUGUGCAUGAAAGUAGUAAUGCGCAAGAUAAAUUAUUUAGAUGCAUGCCCAUGCGCAAGGAAGCAGAAGUAGCAAACCUCCUGCAGCACGCGCACAACGAACUAGUGGAGAUGAUCGGCUUCCUUCCGAUCGACGUCAUCGUUUACGACCUCUAAGCAAGGAGAAUCUUUAUGCCCUGGACGAGUGGUGGAGUGAAUAUGACUUGCCUCGAAUCGUCACGGAAAAUACGCGCUACAAGUUUGGAAUCCCGUUAAAGGCACUUCCGGAUCAAUAUUUCUGUUACGAUUCUUCUCUCGAUUUCUUAGCUACGUUAAAUUUAGACGACGUAGCGCAACAAUAUGACAGAUAGAAGCCAGUAUCAUGUUUUUCACUGCUUCAACAUGACUUAGGAUGGAUAUUAAUCCCCAUUGAUUCCAGUAGAAGUUAUAUAUAUUACGUAAGAAAUAGAAAGAGGGUAGGUAGGCACUAGGCGUAGGGACCUGGUGGCGACUAUACACUGCCACGGGGAUUGCUGAACCCUUCCAGCCGACUAAGUAGAAUGUUGCAGACUUCGAGUCUCAGUCCUACUCCGUGCGGUGUCGCCACCGAGUCCGCACGCCCCCUCGACUACUGUUCACACCGUGCCAGCUGCCGAGUCGUUUGCUUGGUGUUGUUGGCGCAUGUGUCUGUUCUUGUCUCCUCGGGGUUCUUGAAUGGUGUGUGUGUGUGAGCUAUGGGGGUGAGCGCGUAUUACGACUUGCACGAUGAUGAUGGUGAUGCUAAUGCGCUAUAGCUCGCUCGAAGAAAAUUUUGUCUGGGUGCGUGAAGUUGAUUAUUUCUAUUUAUUUUGUGGACACCGGCAACUUCUCUACGCUAGUCUUAGUUUCGCAUAUGGGUAAUAUUCAUGGAGAAUAAGGAGCUUUUACAUCGACUAUGCCUCUAACUUUGGUUUCCGCUUUUAUCAGUUCAUCUUGUCCUUUUUUAUAUCCCUGCAUCCUCCGUCCUCGAUGUUUGCCUAUGCAUCAUAUAAUUGCUUCUUGGAAGACAUAGCAUAACGGCUGACCUGUUCUGGAUAUAUUAUCAUAUUGUAGUACUUUCGUUUUCUUUACGUAAUAGAUGAUGUUGUAGGUACAAGUAUGAGGGCGCGAUGAAGUCGAUAACUUCAGGCGGAAAGUCUUCUAGUUGCACUUUUGUUUUUCCAUUUUUUAUCCUUGUGAGCGUUGGCACGUCUUAUCUCUUUGAGCUUGACCUUUCUAACCUUCGGCCGUUGUCGGAUUCGCCAUGCCUCAGCCUUUCACCUCAGAUGAACUUAUGGUCGGCAGUGUUGGCAAGCUAUCUCGCUGCAGAUUGCGGUACUAGCUAUCAGCUAUUACUUUGUUUUGGAGAUCAUAAUGUGAAAAGAAUGAAUAAGUUGAACACUUCGCUGUUAUAUAUAGUAUUGGAACACUUUUUUUAGCGGACGAUGCUUCAUGAAGUAGAACACCAAGGGAAGAGUUUAUUGUCCGCAUCGUGAUGAAGCGUCUUAAUUUUUUCGAUUUGUAAAAGCUAUGACAAGUAAUUGCACCGUGAUGCUGCGGCCACUCCCCGGAGUAUAUUCUUGUAGGAAAUUAGUAUAUACAAUGUUGACGUUCCACAGCGAUUCACUCGAGCUGUGAAGAUUUGUGAAUCACAAGAAGCCGAGCGGCGUAUUCGCUUUAGCUUUGCUCACGACUUUAGCUAUGCUAAGCUCGAAACCCUUCACAACUUCAUCCACAGUGCUUGCAAGUAUUCACAAAUAACUCUUUCCGCACUCUCGUCAGUUUAAGUACACAAAUCUUGGCACAUCUUCCGAGUAUUUUCGCAUAUCUUUAAAAAAAGGAGAUAUUUACGAAAAUACUCAUAAAUCUUGCUCCGCCUCUAACGUCGCUGAGGAUCUGGAGGGACACUUCAGUAGACUUCUCGUCGGUAGCGUCGGUUAAGGGUAGCACCUCACCAUCCUGGGCGGCGUUUCCUCACCUUGUUUGAAACGGCGGCAACCCUUCUCCUGGACACUAGAAGUAUAUAUCUGAUACUGAUGCAGAGUUGUGAAGAUCUCUCUUAAUAAAGACAUAUAUCUGAUGAUUUUCAACAAGUGAAACCGCGCAGUCGCCAGGAUAUUGAGAGACGAUCUCGAACUUAGUGCCUCCGGCAUCAUUCGGCUGCUGGAGAAACUGCCUGAUGGUGUCAGCGACCGACCGUACAUUUAUAUGGACCCGUUCUAUGACUAUGACGCGGCGGAACAGCAAGUCGGAGAAAAGCAAGCUAUGCACAAAGUCAUCCGCACGCUAUUCUUUUUUUUCUUUCGUAGUUAAUACUGACUAGGAAAAGUAUACUAAUACUAUGUCUAGGUCUAGCCUGAUGCAAUUUCAGUGGUGACUUAUUUGCGUCAUUUUGAUAUCUUCACACUCUUCGGUAUCCAAAAGAGGCCGGCUAGGGGUGUAGUUCUUCUUUUACAUGAUGAAUUUGAAAAUGCAACACGUGAACGAACAAAGACUGCGCCAAAAGGAUCCCUUCGCGGUCUGCCUAAGCCUUCGGGCUUCCUGCCUAAACUUUAAAUUUAGGCACGUUCUGCCUCUGUUUAUGCAGCUUUGGCCAUGUGCCGCAGCAGCGAAGUUGGUUGCCUAAAAUUUCACCGGGCCACUGCCUAGCGACUCACUUCUGCGCUCCGGAGCCACCCGGUGGCUCCGGGGCGUGGCGGUGGACUAAAUUUCGAGCCGUUUCUCUGCGUAAACUUUGGCUUCUGCUGCCUAUCUUUGGGCUUUUCUUCCUAAGUUUUGGACUUUUCUGCUUGAAGUUUGGGCUGUUCUGCCUGAGUAAGUUUGAAACCUAGGCAGAAAGGCCGAAGGCUUAGGCAGGGCCUCCAAAAGACACUCUUGGCUGAGCUUAGCUCGUUUCGAAAGACAUGGUAUACCAAAAGCUUUCCUCGCUGUGUUGCCCAGGUGAUUUCCUCUGUUUGCGCCGUUGAAAUUUUCCAAAGACACUCUCCCACGGUAGUUGCUGCGCAGCAAGCAGCGCUGGGGACGUGUUGCCCCUAGGGUCCACCCAUGCCCGGAGCCCCUUGGGGCAUUUUCGCCGCGGUCCCGUGGUCGGCAAGUCUUGCGCGCGCCAUAGCGGGGGCUUAGACUAUCGGCGUCCAUCUGAGUCUCUUCUUCGUCUUCUGGCAUUGUAUUGCCAACGCCAAAGCCUGUCAGGCCCGCAGCCGGUCGCGCGGAGGCUGACGCCCGCGGGCCUUGUCCUCGAGCGAGAGCGCCUGGGCAUAAGCCUCGCUUGGGAGGCGGGUGAAGUGUGUGGCCCGUCUUUGCGUGUGGUCCGUCUCUCUGGCUGGCGUUUCAGAGGCGUUCCAUCUACGACUUGUAUUUCGCGACCAGGCAGAUUUAUCGUGAACCUGCAGAGGAAAAUCAUAGAAAUGCAGGGACUUUUUCACAGAUCAUUUUCAUCUCCUUCCCUUUCCUCCGUUCCAUUUAAUAGUACUCGAACACUUUUCUUCUUCUAAUUUCGAACCCCACCUUAAACUUUCGACCCUCAAAUACGAUCGAAUGGCACGCUGGCGCCUCGCGGAGGAGAAGGAGAAGGAGUUCUCGCUGAAGACUCUCGCCGGCAAAGCUGCUAAGUUGGUCGCCGUGGUUGCUGAUUUAGCGGCUGGAGCUGCUGGGG